CCAUCACGAGACCUGCUUCCAUGAUUUCAAAGAGCGAACUCCAUUAAGUCAACGACCUCCUCUUUGCUCCCAUCAAUUCUACUUUUUCUCAAGGACAAAGCAAUUCCUCUUCUCCCCCCUCCUCCUCCUCUUUCUUGCUCUGAUUCUUGGAGGUAGGUUCGAUGGGGAACGGGGUCGCUAGGCUCGCAAUCUGCUGGUCUGGCGGCGGCGGCGGCGGCGGCGGGAUGCCGGCCGGUCGCCGCCACAGGGGUGCCUCCGUCACUUGGGAUCCUUGCGACGAGGGGCUCGGGCACUCGUUCUGUUACGUGCGACCGGCCGACGCCGUUCCAGGCGCCUCUGGCCACUGCUCUGCCGCGGUGGCCGCUGCCGCGGUUGCCUCCUCCAAGGUUUUCGUAUCCGAGGAGACGACCAUGUUCAGAUCCAUCUCCGGAGCGGCGGUGAGCGCCAACGCCUCGACCCCGCUGUCUACUGCGCUUCUGGACGCUGCGCCCACCGCGGCGUCCGCCUUCGAGAGCUCCAUCUCCUUUUCCUCCGUCGCGCUCCAGCCGGUCCCGCGCUUGUCCGGCCAGCUCUCCGGCUCUCUUUCCGCCACCGACCGCGGGUUCAUGUCCGGCCCCAUCGAGAGGGGAUUCAUGUCCGGUCCACUCGAUCCCCGCGCUUCCCUCUUCUCCGGCCCCUUAGAGAAGCCUUUCCCGGUCUCCGGAAACCUCCGGCGUAGCGUCUCCCAUGGUCUCCCGAGGCGCUUUCGCCGUGCCGCCGCGGCGCGCUCACUCUUGCGUGAGAUCACCAAGCGGAUCUCCAAAACCAUCUCCAGCGCGGCACAUGGCCAGGGUUUCCUCGUCGCGCCCAUCAAGGGGCUCAAAGAUUCCACUUUGCCGGACGGCGGGUCGAAGGGCACAAACCUGGAGACGGCAGCGCAGUGGUCCGAUAUGCCUGAUUCCGUCGAGGGUAACAUCCAAUGGGCGCAGGGUAAGGCAGGGGAGGAUCGCGUACACGUGGUCGUCUCGGAGGAGCACGGGUGGGUCUUCGUCGGCAUCUACGACGGCUUCAACGGCCCCGACGCCACCGACUACCUGCUUUCCAACCUCUACGCUUCCAUCCAUCGCGAGCUCAAGGGAUUACUCUGGGACGACAAAGACGACACCUUUCCCGGCGAGGAGCUUCUCAUAAACCAAAAUCGAUUUCUUCUCGCCGCCGAUUCACCGAAUUCCGCAUUCACAGAACAGAUCGCCGCCGCCGAGCAGAGGUGCGAGCAGAGUCGCCGCCAGUGGAAGCGCGACUGCGAGAGGGAGAGGCCCGAUCUCGAGCGGACGCUGAAAGAACAGCCGAGCUCGGUGAAUCACUCUCUGGUGCUGGAGGCGCUCCGCCGGGCGCUGAAGAAGACAGAGGAUUCCUUCUUGGACAUCGCCGACAAGAUGCUGGCCGACAACCCCGAGCUGGCGCUCAUGGGCUCCUGCGCCCUGGUCAUGCUCAUGAAGGGCGAAGACGUCUACCUCAUGAACGUCGGAGAUAGCCGCGCUGUCUUGGCGCAGAUGCCAUGGCACGACCACCAGAGGAUCGACGAAGGCCACGGAAAUUCAACUACCGUGCAGCUUACUUCCGAUCACAGCACCUCCAUAGAAGAGGAGGUUCAAAGAAUUAGGAAAGAGCACCCCGAUGAUGCUUCUGCGAUCUCGAACGAUCGCGUGAAGCGAUCGUUGAAGGUGACGAGAGCUUUUGGGGCAGGCUUUCUGAAGCAGCCUAAAUGGAACAAUGCCCUUCUGGAGAUGUUCAGAAUUGACUAUGUGGGUAACUCGCCUUACAUCACUUGCAACCCCUUCCUCCACCACCACAAGCUCAGCCCCAACGAUAGGUUUUUGAUACUCUCAUCGGACGGGCUUUACCAGUACUUCACCAACGAAGAAGCAGUGGCUCAAGUCGAAGGGUUCAUCGCGAUGACCCCUGAAGGUGAUCCUGCUCAACACCUUGUUGAAGAAGCUCUCUUUCGAGCUGCUAAGAAAGCUGGCAUGGAGUUCCAUGAAUUGCUUGAGAUCCCACAAGGCGAUAGACGGCGGUACCACGACGAUAUCUCCAUCAUUAUCAUCUCCUUGGAAGGGCAAAUAUGGCGAUCUUGCAUGUAAAUA